GGCUAGCUCUUGGAAUUUUAAUCAGUGCUAGAGACAUCACUUGAAUACAAUCUUGGUAAUACAUAGCCAUCAUCACCUCAAUGACUCCAACCUUAUAGUACAAAAUUAUGGGGAGAAAACUAAGAAAGAUUCACCUUUUUUCAGUAACAACACAUACUAAGGACAAAAAUCAUCCUUACAACAAUUAUUGGUCCAAAAGUAUUAUUGGAUGUUAUAAAGUCACUGCUCUAUUCUUGUUUAUGUGACCAUCUAGCUGAACUAUGGAAAGCAAGAAAUUGUUGUUGGUAAUAAUUUUUUUUAUACUUUUAGUUUUUGAAAGAGGGGCGUCAACGACAGUUAGUUAUGAUCACAAGGCAUUAGUUAUUGAUGGAAAGAGGAGAAUUUUGCAAUCAGGAUCAAUACAUUAUCCAAGAACUACACCUGAAAUAUGGCCAGAGAUCAUUAGAAAGGCUAAGGAAGGCGGAUUGGACGUGAUAGAGAGUUAUGUUUUCUGGAAUUAUCAUGAACCUGUCAAAGGAGAGUACUACUUUGAAGGCAGGUUUGACAUUGUACGGUUUGUGAAGGCAGUACAAGAAGCUGGCCUAUACGUGCAUCUCCGUAUUGGUCCAUAUGCCUGUGCUGAAUGGAACUAUGGGGGCUUCCCUAUGUGGCUACAUUUUAUCCCUGGAAUACAGUUUCGAACAACAAAUGAGCUUUUUAAGGAAAGUAAUGAAAUGAAACUCUUUCUCGCCAAGAUUGUUAAUCUUAUGAAGGAAGAGAACCUCUUCGCUACACAAGGAGGUCCAAUUAUACUCGCUCAGGUAGAAAAUGAGUAUGGAAAUGUUGAGUGGGCAUAUGGAGUCAGCGGAGAGCUGUAUGUAAAAUGGGCUGCAGAAACUGCUGUUAGUCUUAAUACGAGUGUUCCUUGGGUGAUGUGUGCACAAGAAGAUGCACCUGAUUCAGUGAUAAACACAUGUAAUGGAUUCUAUUGUGAUCGCUUCACUCCAAAUUCCCCAUCCAAGCCAAAGAUGUGGACAGAAAACUACGUUGGAUGGUUCCUUGCAUUUGGUUAUCCUGUUCCUUAUCGACCUGUUGAAGACUUAGCUUUUGCUGUUGCACGUUUUUUUGAAACUGGUGGUACAUUUCAAAAUUAUUACAUGUAUUUUGGUGGCACCAAUUUUGGUCGAACAGCCGGAGGUCCUCUAGUAGCAACAAGCUACGACUAUGAUGCCCCCAUAGAUGAGUAUGGUUUCAUAAGUCAGCCAAAGUGGGGCCACCUACGCGACUUACACAGGGCGAUAAAACACUGUGAAGAGUAUUUGGUCAAUGCAGAUCCAACUCAUUUGUCCCUUGGUCUGAAACUUGAGGCACAUGUAUAUUACAAAAGCUCCAAUGACUGUGCAGCUUUCCUUGCUAACUAUGGUAACACUUCAGAUGCAAAUGUUACAUUUAAUGGGAAGUCAUAUUUUCUUCCUGCUUGGUCUGUUAGCAUCCUUCCAGACUGUAAGAAUGUCAUAUUCAACACGGCGAAGGUUGUUUCACAAAAAACGACAGGAAGUACAGAAUUUACUCAUAACACAGUUUCAAUUGAAAAUUCGCUGGAGUCAGAUCCUUGGGGCUGGUACAAAGAAAAAGUUGGUAACGCGAAUAAUCAUUCCUUUGCAUCACCCCGUUUACUAGAGCAGAUAAAUACAACAAAGGAUACCAGUGAUUUCCUUUGGUAUACAACAAGUAUAAAUGUGGAGGAGAACAUUAAGAAGAGAAAAGCCAGAGAAUUGCAGCUAAUUAUUGGGAGCUUAGGACAUGCAGCUCUUGUUUUUGUAAACAAGAAACCAGUUGGAUUUGGCUACGGUAAUCACGAUGAUGCAAGCUUUGUGCUAAGUAAAAAAAUCCAUCUUAAGAAAGGGAACAACACAGUGGACAUAUUGAGCAUGAUGGUUGGUUUGCAGAACUAUGGACCAUGGUUUGACAUCUCUGGAGCAGGGGUAUUUUCUGUUAUCUUCAGUGAUUUGAAGAAUUCCAAGAAUUUUUCUUCUACAGAAUGGAUCUACCAGGUAGGACUUGAAGGUGAGUAUCUUGGACUUGAUAAAGUUAGUCUUGCAAAUAGUUCGUUGUGGAUUCAGGGGAGUUCUGUCCCAAUAAAUCAGAGUUUGAUAUGGUACAAGACUAGCUUUUCUCCUCCAGAAGGAAGAGGUCCUGUAUCGCUAAAUCUGUCCAGUAUGGGUAAAGGUCAGGCAUGGGUAAAUGGGCAGCAUGUAGGGAGAUACUGGUCUUCUUAUCGUUCACCCUCAACAGGCUGUUCUGAUAAUUGUGACUACAGAGGAGCUUAUGAUUCAUGGAAAUGUUUGAAGAAAUGUGGUCAACCUGCUCAAGUGUUGUACCAUGUACCGCGCAGUUGGUUAAAGCCUGGAAAGAACCUGCUUGUGCUACAUGAAGAGCUUGGUGGUGACCCUUCAAAGAUAUCUUUCUCAACGCGAUCUGGGCAAAAAAUUUGUGCUCAUGUAUCUGAGUCAGAUCCUCCACCUGUUGAUACUUGGAAGCCAAACAAAGAUCUUACGUCUCAAGAACCUUCAUUGCAACUGAAUUGUGAUCAAGGAUGGACUAUCGCUGCAGUUAACUUUGCUAGCUUUGGAACUCCUACAGGAGAUUGUGGAGCAUUCAUUAAAGGGAGUUGCCAUUUGGAUGUGUUAUCCAUAGUUCAUCAGGGGUGUGUUGGCAACUCAGGAUGUUCCAUUCCUAUCACCAUGGCUAAACUUGGUGACCCAUGUCCUGCAGUACCAAAAAGUCUGGCUGUUGAAGCUUUUUGCAGUGUUUGAAUCAUCAAAUUCUAUGGUCCUGGUAGGAGGUGUAAUCAUUGGCUUAGCGCGGUAACCUUCUUUGUCAAAUUUUUCUGCUUCUAGCAAUCAAAUGUACUCGUUUUUAUUUUAACCAGAGCCAGUUUGAGUGUGCAAUUUGUAAGUUGUAAUCUAUGGUACUUCGGUACAGCCCUAGUCUUGAUGAUCCAAAAGAGUAUUAUAAAUCAACCUUUGCUCUUUUUUCAGCUCUGUGUUCAUGGCUUUUGUUCUAUUACUGGAAUGACAUGCAAAUUCAUUCUCCA